AUGGAAAUCCACACGGAGAGCAGCGGCAUCGAAUCGUCGCCGGAUAUGAACAUCAGUGCGGAACUUAGCAACCCGUCACCUCACCGUUCGGCAACCGUCAUGCCAAGGAAGCUUUCGUUCUCGGGCAAUUCGCCGGAACGCAAUCCAGUGGAUCCGGCGGCUCAAAAGCAACCGUCCCUAUCACCACCGUAUCGGAAGGUGCAAGCCCUCCGUCUGUUCGAUACACCCGCAACACCAAAAACCAUUCUACAAAAAUCAACCAACACAAUGUUCCGGCGGCAAGUGUUUGGCCCGGGAACGACCCUGUUUCCCGGGGCAAAUAAGCCCAGCGCCGAUGGGGACGUGCUGGCAAAACCGAUGGACGGUGGGAUGCCAAUUUUCGUCACCGACAAACCGAAACCGAUUCCGCUUCACCGACGUUACGACGUGGGGCUACCGCCGGCCAAUGUGAAUCCCUUCACACCGCCUGCUAUGUUUAUGCGAACGAAGAAACGCACCCGGCAGGAGGGCUCCGAAAGUGCCAAAGCUUGCAUCGAUGACGGGAGCAAGCACAAAAGCCACUUCCCGGCCAUGUUUCCCAUCAGUCGGCUUCCCAACAAGAGUCGGCUCCCGUUUGGCGGUCCGGUGACGCCGUUUGCAUUGAGGCAGGCGAACGAUUCCACCACAAACCAUACGCUUAAGCUGUUCAAUAUGGUCGAGGAUGAAAGUGGCGAGUUCCGGCAGGCACCGAAGCGGCUCGCCCUGCAAGACUCGAACAUCUCCCGGUACAAGAAGGAGUUUAUCGAGCUGGCACUGCUCGGUACGGGCGAAUUCGGGCAAGUGUUUCAGUGUCUUAACCGGUUGGAUGGAUGUGUCUACGCGAUCAAGAAGAGCAUCCGGCCGGUCGCCGGGAGUUCGUUCGAGAAAACGGCCCUGAACGAAGUUUACGCGCACGCCGUGCUUGGAAAGCACGAGAAUGUGGUCCGAUACUAUUCGGCCUGGGCCGAGAACGAUCAUAUGCUGAUCCAGAACGAGUUUUGUAACGGAGGCAGUCUGCAGACGGUAUUGCAGGAGCGCUGUCUGAAUGAAUCGGAACUCCGCACGUUAUUGUUGCACAUUGCCGAAGGUCUUAAGUAUAUCCAUUCGAACGAUUUAGUUCACAUGGAUUUGAAGGCAGGCAACAUUUUCCUGUCCAAAACUCCACUUCGUUCCGGAUCGGCAAUGCAUGGCGUUUCCGCUGGCCAGGUUGUAGCCGAAUGUCCUGACGACGGCUUUGAAGAUGUGUACGAUGAUCUGGAGAACGAGUAUUUGGUGACGUACAAAAUCGGUGACCUAGGACACGUCACUUCCAUCAACGAUCCGCAGGUGGAGGAAGGCGAUUGUCGCUAUCUACCGAACGAGAUACUGCAGGAAGAUUAUAAUAAUCUUCCGAAAGGGGACAUCUUUUCGCUUGGCAUCACACUGUACGAGGCGGCCGGUGGUGGUCCACUGCCGAAGAAUGGUACCGGAUGGCAUCAGCUGCGGAGUGGUCAGUUUCCCGAUCUGCCAAACAUUGGGAAGGAUUUCAACGAUCUCAUCAAGCAGAUGAUGCACCCAAACCCGGAGAAGCGUCCAUCGUCUACAACGAUCUUUAAUCAUCCGGUACUAUCUCCGGUUGAUUCAAAAACCAAAGCUCAACUUUGUCUAGAGCUGAGCCUGGAGCGGCAGAAGAACGAAGUCCUGAUGAGGAAGAUCAAGGAACAGGCGAAACUGCUCAAGUCAAUCGAACAACAUUCCCUCACACCAGCUGCCACAUCGGCCGUGCGUAAGACGCGUUCCUCAGCAACUUCCCGUGAAGCGGCCACCUCCGACCGUAAGCUACGUUCCUAUUCGCACAAGAAGCGUACCACCAACCUUAUCUCGAAGCGAAGAGGCAUACGGGACAGCAGCAAAUCGAAGGAUUAUUAG